GCUGGCGUGGAGAGUUGCCGUACCUAACGGCACUAAGACACCGUCAUCCACACUGUCUGUGCACACUGUGGACCUGGCUGAGCUGCGUCACGGCAGGCAGCCUGAGCAGUGCGCCAGAGCCAGAGCUACAACGCAACUUGAACAAACUCCAGAUCACAAUCAACAGCUGUACAAGAAACAGAACGCCGACAAGCCUCAGCACCGGCUCGGUCAUCUUUUCGAUCACGCCACCGUCACUCCAACAUAUUCUCGCACUCGUCCACAGGCUGCACCUCCCGCAAUGUCGAUAACACCCAUCAUCACCUUCAAGGCGGGCCUCUGCCAGGUCGACCACAACUCGAAGCCCUACAAGGUUGAGCCCGACUCCAGACCUGGCUAUAUCUAUCUGUACUCGGAAGAUGACCUCAUCCACUUUUGCUGGCGACCCAGAAAUGUCCCCCUCGACGAGCCCGAGAUUGAUCUCGUCAUGGUCCCAACCGAUGGUCACUUCACCCCUUACAACACCCGCAACCCCACCGAGCCUUCAGCCAAGACCAACGGUCGCAUCUUCGUCCUCAAGUUCACUUCAUCCUCUCAGAGACACAUCUUCUGGCUCCAGUCAAAGCCACAGGGGCAGAGCGGCGAUCCCACCUGGUUCAGCCCCAGGGAUCUCAAGAUCGGAGAGAUCGUCGACCAGCUCUUGCAGGGAGAGGAGGUGGACGUGACCCGUGAGCUGGCCUCGGUCCGCAACAACACUGACGACAGCCGACGUGAUGAUGAGGACGAGACGAUGGAGGACGUUGAGGGGCACGGCGACGCCCAUGCCCACCACCGCGGCGGCAGCGGAGGUGCCGGUCCUGGAGCUACUGGGGGAGACUUCCGGCAAGAGGGCGAGGACUCGAGAGACGGAGGUGCUGAUGGUGCGAGAGCGGCAAGCAACAAUGCAAACAACGACGCUGCAGAUGCGGUGCGGAACUUUCUGGCCUCAAUCCAGGCCAACCAGAAGCUCGGCGGGGGCGAUGGUCAGUCAGCUCAGGGCAAGCUUUAUCCCCUGCUCAAUGAUCUUCUCGAACCAUCGACUACAAUCCCCAUGCUCGACUCGGCGUCAGAGGAAUACGUCGACAACUUGCUGAGCUACCUCCCGCCCAUGGUACUGGUUCUCUCGCAGCAGGGUGAGAACGGGGAUGACAUUGACAAGGAGCCCAGUGCGGAGGCAGUGGAGGCUGCCAAGCAGGCCAUGAGCUCCGGGCAGAAGCGCGCUCUCCUCAAGAAGGUGCUGCGCAGUCCUCAAUUUACGCAAAGUCUAGCAAGCCUGACAUCAGCGCUCCGGGAUGGCGGCCUGCCUACUGUCGCGGGUUCUUUGGGUAUUGCGGUUGAGAACGGUGGUCUGGUGAGGGGCGGGUCUGUGCCGCUAGGUGGUGGUGAUGCUGUGGAGGCUUUCGUUGAGGGGGUGAAGAAGACGGUGCAGAAGAAGUGAAGCCACGUCUUGAUUUCUGGAUUUGAGGCUCUUUAAUAAGGGGAACGUUUAUUGUCCUCUCGUCGAGAAACACGGACAUGAAUAGAAUAGGGAUGUGUAAUGAUAACAAGACUGUCCUUUGCACAAAACCAAGGGGUAGUAGAAUGCGUAAAUAAACAGUGCCAGCCCCGAUCUCUUUCUUCUGGGCCACCAACCUCAAUGUGGGGCCGUCGCGCCAAGGCCGCUG